AUGCAGCGUCGAGCGUACAGCGCAGAAGCAUCGUCAUCAAUCGACGCCUAUAUCCAAGGCAUGAUGAAGCCGACACCAGGACCGGAACCAACGACGCGGUCGCCGAGGCUGGUCAACAUACUCACGAGCAAAGCGCCCCCAAGCGACACAGCACUCUUUGCGGCGUCCAUUGACGAGCUGAUCGACCACCUGCACACACUGCGCGGCCGUGAAAAGCCCUGGAUGUCUACCUUAUCCACCGUGGACAGGCACAAGCGCAUCGUGCACCUCGUCAGGCACCUGGUUGUGCAACGCAGGCAGCGGCUGACUGCGUUCCUGUACGAGUGCAUUGUGGACACCUUGGGACAUCCAGAGAGCAGCGGCAAGACCUUGGUUGCCCUGAUGAAGGACAUGGCGUAUCAGGGUAUCGAGCCGACGCCGGCCUUCCACGCCGGGGCCCUCGAGUCCCUCAUGGUGCACCCCAACUACGCCGCCAUGCUGGAGAUUCUGGAGCACGCGCGCGAGCAUGACUGGCCGGAAAACAAGCCAACGCUCGCCGUCGCGCUGCUCCGCGAUGAGCAGUACGAGCUAGCCUACGACACGCUCAUGGAGCUGCACGCGAGCGGUGCUCAGGUCGAGCCGUGGAUCUACGACGUCUUUGUGUUCGUUUUCGGCAAGAUGGGCUUCGUGGACGAGAUGAUGCAGGUGCUGGUGGCGCGGCUGACGCUCGCCUCUACGCAGGGCCUGGAUGCGCUGCAGUUCUUCGCGCUGGACGCGUGCAGCGCCGCGUUCCAUUACCCGGGCACGCUCGCCGGGUGGAAGACCAUGGUGCGCGGUGGCAAGGUGAACCCGCCCGACGGUGUCGUGGAGAACGUGCUCAACACGGCGGCGCGGCAGGCCGACACGGCGCUGGCCAGCGAGGCGCUGGACAUGCUCGCGCAGCGGACCAGGCUGCAGGAUUACCACUACGACAGCGUCAUCGACGCCUUCAUCCUCGAGGGCGACCUGGCCUCGGCAACGCGCCUGCACUGCAUCAUGCAUACCAACGGCGUGCCGGUGACCAAGGCCGCCGCCCGCCGCCUCGUCGCCGCGGCCGCGGCCGCCCGUGCCGGGCCUGAGAUCAACGAGUGGCUGCGCGUCGCCACCGCCGAGCAGGACGGGGAGAGGCUACUGGCGCCGCCGCGCGGCCACCUGCUUGCGGCCGACGCGUCGCCGGCCCUGGAGCUGUAUGCGCGCUAUCAGCAGUUGUGCGGCAGCGGCGAGGCGGUGGUGCGGCCGCCACUCGAAGUGAUGCUGCAGCUCCUACCACACUGCAGCGACGACCAGGACGCGGCGGCCGGGCUGCGCGACGGGGUUCUGGAGGCGCUGCGCGCGCAGGCGGGCGAGGGGCCGCGCCGGAUGGUCGCGCAGAAGCUUCGGGCGGCGGCGGAGGAGCUGAUCCGGGACGGCAGGACGGUGGAGGGUUGGCUUCUGGAGGAAAAGGUCGACGAGAUUAUGCAGCCACCGCAGCUAGAACGGCCGUCGUAG